AUGGAUUCAGACUCCGAUUCACCUUUCAAUUACUCUUGGCCAUCUUUUCCUAAGAUGAGGAUUCGACGCAGGGCAUCCAAGCAAGGGUGCAAAAAUUCUUUGGAAGACUCUUUCAAGAAAGCUAAUUCAAACCCGUCUACCUAUCUGUCUGCAGGAAAGCUUUCUUCAAUGCUGAAUGGCAGAGAAGAGAUUUAUGCCAAUUGUAUGGUGGUAGAUAAGGUUGAUGAAGGAGGUAUAAAGUAUAGCGUUAAUGAUGUCACAACUGGAAGUACCAGUACUGAUCAUGAAUCAUAUGAAAUCGCAUCUGAGGACCACAAUGACCAGGCUUGCAAUUCUAAAUUUGAGGAAACAAAUUUAUUUGCGUCAGAGGACCAGGAAUGUCAGCAAAGUAUUGGUGAAUGUUUUGAGGAGAAGGUAGAUACCACAAUUCAUGACGAGGACCAGGAUCAUUUUGUGGAAUCCAUUUCUGAUUUGUCUUCACCUGAAAAUAUUUAUUGCCGAUCAUUAUUACCGCCCAGACAACAUGUCUCUGUCAAACUGGAAAGUCAUUCAAUGAACAUCAGUCAUAAGCAAAGUUUCAACUUUGAUGGCCUUGAUGCAGACAGCGAAGGAGAGGAGGUUUCAGACAGAUCUCAAGGGUCGUGCACUCCAAGGUCUCCAAAUUCGGUGGCUGUAUUUGCGAGUAGUGGAGAUGAAUUGGACUCUUCUGAGACCCUCCAUGAAUCUGAGAUGAAGACCAGGGGCCAUGACUCCACGAUUUCAAUCAGAAAUGUACCACCAAAGGAGUCGGAAGAUACUGGGAUUCGACUUCGAUCAUACUCCCUUUCUUCACCUAAAGGUUCGCAAAGCAAAUCUCGAUUUGCAAGAGAUUUUAACGUACCCGAUUCCACAAGUGAAGAACAGCGAGCCUUCAGUCAAACUGAACACCCAAAAGAGAAAAGAAUUGAAGAGGAGGAAUGGGACAAGUAUAUUAUUCCAUCAAAAUCGGAGACUGAAAAAUGUAAAGUGAGUCGGACCUUCAGCUUCCUCAAGAGCAGAAUGACCAGCACUCGAAAUAAGGGCAAGGGCAAAAAUAAGGACAAAGAUACCAAAGAGAAAGAGAAAUGGAGCAACGGACAUCACUUUAUUACAGGGACUCUUUCAGGAGCGAUGCAGUGUCCAUUUUGUGACAAGGUUGUUGCAGGAAAAGAUAUGCUCCAAUGCUUCAAUUGUACUUUGAAUGUCCAUAAAAACUGCAAAGAUUCUCUUCCCAUGUGUACCAAGAAACCUCAAGAUAGAUACCAGAUGAUAUCGCGAAAUAAACCAACACACUCUCUGCAGUGUGAGUAUGAGAAGUUCAAUAUGAGAAUGUCUGCCUCAAUCAAAGAAGUUUCAACUUCACAGUCAUCCUUCUCAUCGCUCAACACCUCCUCAUCCUCGCUGCCUGUUGGAAUAUCUGCACUGAAACGAGAAAGCUCACUGCAGCCUUUAUCUAAGAGUGCUUCAAGUAUUAGUAUCGAGAGAAGAAUCAUGGAGUCUAUGGAUGUAGAAAUGGAUCCCUAUACUUCUAGGAACAGAUCCCAGUCUGAGGAAUUACUCCAAACAAUGGGCACAUCUCCAUCAACAGAAGUAUCUGCGCUGGAGGAUAACGUUGUCCCCUCAAUGCGUGGAGAUCUUGAGAGCGAUGCACAGGAGUUUAAAGCUGAGUCCUGGAGCCUUACUGUCGAUCCUACAUUUUGUGAUAAACAAGAGAAGGAUUUAAUAAAGAGGCAAGAUGUGAUCUAUGAGCUCAUGCAAACUGAGAUGCACCACAUUCAGAUCCUGGAGAUAAUGUCAGAAAUCUUCAGGAAGGGAAUGAAGGAAGAUCUGCAGUUUGAUCACAGCACCAUCGACCGAAUAUUUCCUUGUUUAGACGAGCUCUUAGAAAUUCACAAGAACUUCUUCUUCUGUUUGAAAGAGAGGCGGCGGGAGUCUUUUGUUGAAGACAGUGAAAGGAAUUUCUUUAUCAGCAGAAUCGGCAACAUUCUCAUGCAACAGUUUUCAGAUGAAAAUGCCAAUAAGAUGAAGCAGACAUACGGAGAUUUCUGUAGCCACCACAAUGAAGCAGUCAGUGUCUUCAAAGAAUUGCAACAGCAAAACAAGAAGUUCCAGCACUUUAUCAGGCAACAGAGCAACAAUCUGCUAGUUCGACGUCUUGGCGUGCCAGAGUGUAUACUGCUGGUCACUCAGAGGAUCACCAAGUACCCAGUCCUGCUGGAGCGUAUCCUGCAGUACACAAAAGAAGGGACGGAGGAACACAAGGACGUGACCAAAUCUCUGAGUUUGAUCAAGGACAUAAUAGCAGCAGUGGAUACAAAAGUGAACAAGUAUGAGAAAGAACAGAAACUGCUAGACAUCCUGAACAAGUUUGAAAACAAGACAUGCGCCAAAUUAAAGAAUGGCCACACAUUCCGGAAGCAAGACCUGCUGAGUGGAGAGCGGGAACUGCUACAUGAUGGUUCAGUGUACUGGAAAACAGCCACAGGGCGGUUGAAAGAUAUCACAGGCCUGCUCCUAACUGAUGUGCUGAUUUUCCUUCAGGACAAAGACCAAAAGUAUACAUUUGCUGCUGUGGACCAGAAGCCCGCAGUCAUCUCAUUGCAGAAAUUGAUUGUCCGAGAAGUAGCAAACGAGGAGCGAGGAAUGUUUCUGAUCAGUGCUUCAUCUGCUGGACCUGAAAUGUAUGAAAUUCACACCAACUCCAAGGAAGACAGGAAUACCUGGAUGAGAUUGAUCCGGCUGGCAGUGGAGAGUUGUCCAGAGGAAGAGGUAGAAAGACUUAGUGAGUCUGAAGAGGAUAAACGUAUUGCUGAGGCAAGAGCUGCCAGGACACGGAAAUUCCAAGAACGGCUCAGUUGUCAGGAUCAGCAAAUUUGCACUAGUUUGGAGGAGAAGCUACGAAUCUAUGGAGAAAUGGCAGAAAAAAACGGCUGUGAAGAUGCAGCUCAGGAUGCUCAUCUUCUGAUGAAGCCAGAAACCACGGAACUUCCCCAAGCUGGGCUGUUAUUGAAUGCUGCAGUUAAGGAGGCUGAAAACCUUCAGAUGAUGUUGACAUCACAGUCAUGUGGUUCUGCUCGCCGGUCGCUGGAAGGUUUGGGAGAGCCAGUGUCACCGCACAAGCAGGAACACUUUGGAAGUGGUAGCACUCGCAUAUUGCCUACUGUAUAUGCCUCUGACACAAGGACUCCAAGCUCUCUCUCCCCUGUUACAGAUUCCGAGGGGAGAAGUGGUUCUGAGUCUUCUGUGAUGCAGUCCGACAGUGAGGUGCACCGGCCCGGAUCAGACAUAGGUAUACAGAAGAUCAUUCACAGUGUUCAGAAUCUCACUCAGCUUCUGUACAGUUUGCAGGCUGUUGUGUCAAUACAGGACAGUUGCAUUGAAGUGCAGAGGCUCAUCUUACAGGAGCGCGAGCGACCACCUCACAACCACGGGCCUCGAGGAAGCCUGCUGCUCGAGCAAGAGAAACAGCGCAACCUGGAGAAGCAGAGGGAGGAAUUGGUGAAUGUCCGCAAGCUUCAGCACCAGCUUCAGCAAGAGCAGCAGCGCUGGGAGCUGGAGUGCGAGUGGAGACAGCGGGAGCAGGAAGCGCAAGCGAACAGGCUGCAGGAGCGCGAGCGGGAAUGCCAACAACAGGCGGAGCAGUUGCGGAAGGAGCAGGAAGAUCUGCAGAGCCAGUGGAAAGAGUACCAGCAGAACUCAGAGCGGCUAAGGGAGGGCAUGAAGUUGGUGGAGAAGAAUAAGGAGAGGGUGCAGCUGCAGCAGAGGCAACUCAAUGCCUGUAAACAUGAGCGGCAGCGGAGUUUGCCAGUAAUGAUGUUCCCACAGGAAAACAGUCAGAUCCCAGUUCACACUCGAACAGGAAGCUUAGGAGGUCAAGGGCUGGAUAUGUCAUCAGUUUUUGUGAAUGAGGCUGCGCUUCACUAUUCUCUGAACAGCCACCAGAGGAACAAUAACAUGCGGGUGUUUCCUGAACCUCCCAAAGUGGACGGCUAUUUGAGCUCCGCCACGAGGACUGAUGAAAACCAGAAACACGAAGUUCCCGUUCAGCUUGUGAGCACCACCAAUCAGCUUCUAAAACCUGCCACAGUCCAUCAGCAGAUCCCAGCAAGACUGGCAAGUUUCUCCAAAACGAACAGGGAGAAAAACAAUAAAGUUUCUUGUGACCAACUUAACUAUGCAAAGGAGGUGCUUUCAGCCAAGGAUAUUCUCAAAGAAGAGGAUGCUUCUAAAGCCACUGGUUUCACCACUCGUAUGUUACCAGAGCAUCCAAGUCUGAUAGUUUAUCCAAAUAUGAACAGCGACGAAGUAGCCUGGUUUGCCCACCAGCCAUCUACAAGUAUUCUUCUUCUGGGGCCUUCACAGUCACAACGUGAGACACAGCUCUUAGAGGAGUCGUCUGUUCCACAGGAAGCCAAAAAUGGACCAAAAGAAGGGGCUGAGGAGGAGAAGGAGGAUGAUGAAGAGAACAUAAUCUAUUUCUAACUGUCCCACCACAUUAGCACUUUCAAGAAAAACUGGAACAUAUGGCAACCUUGACCUCUUGGGUCAAUACAUAUUCAACUAAAUGUUAAGUGUGGCAGUUAAUUCUUUACUCAGCAUUUGUAGAUCCAGAUAUGCUUAUGAACCUUGCCGUUUCAUGCAUUUUUUCACAUCUCAGUUUAGCGAUAACAUUGUGAGAUAUUAAAUAAUAUAUCAUCUACCACACCAGCCAAAGCAGAACUUUAAAACACAAAAAGCCGCAUGUGACAUUCUGUCUUCUAAUUUGUACGUUUCAAGGGCAGUUUUUGAUAUUUUAUCUUCGGUUCUUAAAUUAUUAAUUGCAGUAAUCUAACUUUCUUUGAUCAAAGUUCCAGUUUUAAGAUUAGACACUACCUCCCUCGUACAGUUUAAACUUCAGUUCCCAGGGUCACACUGCCCUCCCACAUUUCAGGUUUUAGUUUUUCUCCCAUCCAAUCUACUACCUAUAUUAAAACUGUUUGGCACAACUCCUCACUACCUUGAGAUCACAAGAACUGACUUGCAAUUGAUUUGAUUUCCCCACCCCCAUAUGGCUCCCAAGUUUUGCCUAAAAAAUGCAGUCAUACACUUUACAGUAAUCACAGUGAAGUGAUUUGAGACAUCCCAACAG